AUGUCCACCGCCGCACGUCGUCGCUUGAUGCGAGACUUUAAGCGGAUGCAAACCGACCCUCCCGCCGGUGUAUCAGCGUCCCCAGUCCCUGAUAAUGUCAUGACGUGGAACGCCGUCAUUAUCGGUCCCGCCGACACCCCAUUCGAGGAUGGCACUUUCCGACUCGUCAUGCAGUUCGAAGAGCAGUACCCAAACAAGCCGCCGCAGGUCAAGUUCAUCAGCCAGAUGUUCCACCCGAACGUAUACGCCACAGGGGAGUUGUGCUUGGAUAUUCUUCAGAACCGAUGGAGUCCUACCUACGACGUCGCUGCUGUUUUGACUAGUAUCCAGAGUUUACUCAACGAUCCGAACACGGGCUCCCCCGCCAACGUCGAGGCAUCCAACCUGUACAAAGAUAACCGAAAGGAGUACACGAAGCGUGUUAGGGAAACGGUGGAGAAGAGCUGGGAAGAUUAG